AUAAGGUUAACUCUUAAAUUUGGCCUAUAAGGUCCAAAUUCAAAACCUAAACUCGACAACACUUCCUCUUUGUACAUACCAAAUUUCAAGGAAUACAACCUUGUUUAAAACAUUUUUAGAUUUAUUUAAUUAUAAAAUUAUUUUGCAAUAGACGUUUUCGUGUAAACGAAAUAAAUAUGACGCAAUAAAAUUUUUAAUAAAUUAGUUUAAGCUGAAUUUUAUGCACCCUUUAGCAAAAUGUAGUUAACUAGUAACCAAUUGAAUUGUUAAAGUUAGAAUUGAUGGUUCCUCUAUUUACAUUUCUGUUAAAAGUUGAUGAGUUGAGCUACAUAGUGAAUGAUAACUUGAAUAUAACUUUUAAAUCUAGCAUGUUAGUUUUUAAUAAAAUUAUUACAUUAUUGCCGCUAAAUGGUUUCAAUAAAACAUUUCAAUUACAUUACUCAUGCAAACAACACAGUUUAAUAAUAGAUUCCAAACAAAAAAGGUCGACAAUAUAUGUAGGCGGCAGAUGGUAAUUCAAUUCAAAUAAAAAUCUCCUGGAAGAAAUUAAAAUUUGUUACAAAAAAAAUCAAAUAAAAAAUAUAACGUGAUGACGAAAUUAACGGAAAUUGUACUGGAUUCUGUGGAGCCUACAGUAAAUUUAUCUUUAAUAUUGGCCGCACUUUGGAUAAUUAAUAAUGAUUUUGCCAAAUAUACAAUAUCAGCAGUGACCAUUGGACAAUAUGCCAUCAAUCAAAGGAAUCGAUUAUAUCAUAAUGAUCUAAUUAAUGACAUAAUAAAACGAGCCAUGAUUUCGCCAGGUAUUAAACUUUACACGGAAGGAGAAUUGCAGGAAAAGGCAUGGGAGAAGGAGGACAAUGUAAAUGACUAUGCCUUUAAAAAUCCUUAUGUGAAAGCAAAUGUACAUCGUGAAAAAAGUAUUUGGUUUUUGGACAGUUUCACUUCUUACAAAAACUUUGAACGCCUUUUAGUGGAUCCUAUGGGUGAAUAUCAUCGUAAUGGUUUUUUUCUGUUAAUCUAUACCGGCACCGAACACGAACGUUUGAGUCAUGUCAAGUUAAUAUUUCGUCGUCUUUUUAACUUGUAUUGCACCAAUGUCAAUGUUUUGAUGGUGGUGGGAAAGUUCCCCUAUCUUUAUACGUAUUUUCCGUUUGCAAAAAAUAAAUGUCAUUCAUCAAUGCCAGAGUUUUAUAUAUCAUUUCGUGAUAUAGAAAAGAAUUUCUCUGGCUUUCAGGUUAAGAAGAACAUUUUUCCCAGCAAGGUUGAUAAUAUGUUUGGUUGUGAAUUGUCGGUGGCUACUUGGCAAUAUCCGCCUUAUAUUUAUGUGGAUAGAGAUCCGAUAAGUGGCAAAUUCUUGCGAUUACAUGGUAUAGAGGGUUCACUUCUUAGUUUAUUGGGUGAGUUGAUGAAUUUCAAAAUACGUCUUAAUGUUCCAGAUCCACCGGAUAGAGGUGAUGUUUUUCCGAAUGGUACGGCGACGGGUGCAACGAAAAUGAUAAUUGAGGCCCAAGCUAAUAUUACUAUAAUUUCCCUGAUGUACAAUAAAAUACGUGCCGAUACAAUGCAAGCUAGCAAAGGGUAUUUAUUUGUACCAUAUGUCAUGGCCAUACCCCAGGGCCGAAAAAUGACGUCCUUCGAACGCCUUAUGAAACCAUUUCGUUAUAUUAUUUGGUCUUGUUUUAGCUCCAGUAUAAUUUUUGGUAUUUUAUUCAUAUAUUUCAUACGGUAUUUGGGCCGAUCUAAAUUAAUGGAUUUUAUAUAUGGCAAAGGAAAUCGUAUACCAUUUACAAAUUUACUAGCUGUAUUAUUUGGAAUUUCUAUACAUGGAGCUCUGCCACAUAAAAACUUUGCCCGUUAUAUACUAAUGAUCUUUUUAUUGUAUACAUUUGUAUUGAGAUCAGCUUAUUCGGGAGCAUUAUAUAUACUGUUGCAAGAUGGCCGAGCUCGAAACACAUUUAAGACCAUUAAUGAAAUUGUCGACAAUAAUUUUACUAUUUAUGCCUUUCCAGCUGUGGAAAAGGUUCUAAAAAUGUCUAUACCCGGUGCAAAUACUGCUAUAGUUGAUGCAAAUAAUCCUACAAGUAAAUUGUACAAACGUAUUUCCUCUUCGAGUAGUGAGAAUGUAGCUUUAUGUUUACUGGAUUAUUCGAUCAGAUCAUACAAUCAAAUGAAUCCAAAUCAAAGAGUGGAAAUUUUGGAGCAAACUGUACUUACGACACCUAUAGUAUUUUAUAUGCCACGUCAUACCUAUAUAAGAUUUCGCACAGAUGAAUUAAUUUUACGUAUACUAUCAGCGGGUAUAAUAGGUCGUUUUGAAUCCUAUUAUUUGUUUUAUUCGCGACAAUCUCAACCUAAGAUAAAGGAACCUGUUAAAUUAUCAUUUCAAUUAUUAUUUGCUUUAUUUUGUAUUUACGGUGUAUUACUGUUAUUUUCAUUUGUAAUAUUCCUAAUGGAAUUAUUGAGUUUAAAGUCGGAUUGGUGUAAAAUUAUUGUAGAUUUUUUAAAUAUUUAAUGUAAAAAAGAUAAAUUUAAUAAA